GGGCGCAAUUCCUAUGCUCGUGGCUACACCUCCGUUGCCGGCGACGAGCUCUUGCAUCAGCCCAGCUGUUUGUUCUCACCGGCCACGGCGGAUCUCGUCAGCCCCAUUCUCGCAGCAAUGGCGAUGCAUCUCGUAGACGACGGGCGCUACUCCGCUGCUCGUGACCCACGUCCCCGCCGCCGGCAACAACGAUGCUCCUUGACGCCGCCACUCGCGGCACCACCGACGCACUACGCAUGCUGCAUGGUUAAGCAUCUCGCCGUCGUUGUGUUACUCUGAUGCGUCUGUGCACUGGGGUUCAGCUGGACGAAGAUGAGCUUCUGUUAGGAAGAUGAUUCAGAUUAGAAGCUGAAAGGGCAGGGCGUGGAACGUGGGAAACGGGUGGGCUGCUUUAAGAUUUGUAUUGCCAGGUGUCACGCAAGGAAUCGGGUCUCCAAUUUCGUUUCGUACGACCGGGUCUUAGAUUUUCUUCCCCCUCCGAUCCCACGGGAUGUCGACGCGGGACGGCUGAACUUUCACAGAAUCUAGAAAAGUUCCCGGUGAAUCGGAGCCGACUGCCGUGCACACGUGAACGUUCCGGUGACCCGUCGCCGUCGAGCCGACCAAACCAGAAGCCGCCGGCACGACGAGUCGCCCGAACGCGCGGGGAUUUGGUCCCGGCACAUGCGCCAACGCCGCGACGUGGAGCAGCGCCGCGCACAAGCGCCGCGCGUUCCCAGCCGCACGACUCGCAUCCACUUCCCUUCGCGCCACCCACCCUCCGAUCGUUCACGGGCUGACGAUGGCCGCGCUCGCAGAUCUCGUGUCGCGCCCCGCGGAAUGGCCGGGGGCCGCGAUGGCGGCCCUCGCGGCCGCCGUGUUCGCGGCCCUGGACGUCGUCGACGUGCUCCUCUGCCUCGUCUACGGCGUCCUCGACGGAUUCCUGGAGGAGAGCCCGCUCGGCUGCUACUGUCAGCGGAGCCGGGGAAAGGCCCCGGCGGGGGAGGAGGACGACGGGGUGUCCGACACAUUGUACGUCCGGAGGAGCGCGUGCCGGGACGCGCUGCUGCGGCUCCUCGGGCCGGUCGGCGGGGGGACGAGGAGGAAGGAGGACGCGUCGCCGGCGAAGGCGCGGAGCCCGAGGUGGUCCGACUGCGGAUGCGGGAAGUGCGGGAAGUGGCGGAGCAACGGCGGCGACCGGCUGCACUUCGUCCUGCAGGAGCCGACGGCGCCCAACAAAGGUGCAGAGGAGACGCGAAGCGAGAGUGACCGCGGAGACGACGCCAUCUUCAUCCACGGCUUCACGUCCUCCUCCUCCUUCUGGGCGCAGACCGUGUUCCCCGAACCCGCCGCCGCGAACCACCGCAGGCUGAUCGCCGUGGAUCUCCUCGGCUUCGGCGACAGCCCCAAGCCGGUGAACUGCGCGUACACGCUGCGAGACCACGUCGAGGCCAUCGAGCGGAGCCUCAUCGACCCGCUCCACCUGGGCUCCUUCCACCUCGUCAGCCACUCGAUGGGCUGCACCAUCGCCAUCGCCCUGGCCGCCAAGCACCCGGCGCGGGUCAAAUCGGUCACGCUCGUCGCCCCGCCGUACUUCCUGCCGUGCGAGGAGAGGGCGAGCCAGGUGGCGCUGCGCAGGCUCGCCGAGAAGAAGCUCUGGCCGCCGUUGCUGUUCGACUCGGCGGUGAUGUCCUGGUACGAGCACAUCGGGAGGACCAUCUGCUUCGUCGUCUGCAAGAACCACCGGUUCUGGGAGUGGCUCAUCAAGAUCGUCACGCGCACGAGCGGCGUGGACAUCGUGGUGAGGGACCUGACGAGGCACACGCACCACUCGGCGUGGCACACGAUGCACAACGUGAUCUGCGGCGGGGCGAGGGCGCAGGACCGGAACCUGGAGGCGCUGGCGGCGGCGGGGGUGCCGGUGAGGGUCGUCCACGGCGACGGGGACCAGGUGGUUCCGGUCGAGUGCAGCAGCAGCCACCUGAAGUCGAAGCUCCCGCACGCGGAGCUGCGUGUCGUCGGCGGACGCGACCACCGGACGGUGGUGUUCGGCAGGGAGGAGGAGCUGGCCCAAGAGCUCCGGGCGUUCUGGUCGGGCUGCGAGAAGGUAGGGUGUGCAGGCUAAUGGAUUCUGGAUAGUCAUAGUGUACAGAACUACAUGAGGAAACUUUUUUUUAACACAAUUACAUGAGGAAACUGUAGGAAACAUGUUGUUCUUCUGUUGACAGCAGCGGGAUUCUUGCUCGUAUUUUUUUUUAGAAUGAAGGCAUCACGCCAUGUUCUAUU